AUGUGUGGUAUCCACGUCGCCGUCCAACGUGACGAAGUCCCGACGCUUCCCGCUGAGACACUUCGGUGCUUGUGCAAUCGCGGACCGGACCAUGUUGGAAAAGCUCAGUCACAGAUACAGCCCAACAGCCCCGAGACUGGACCCGUGUUCCUGAGCUUCACCUCGACUGUUCUCGCGUUGCGCGGUGACCAUGUCACGCAACAGCCAUUCCGCGACGCGUUGACGGGCUCAGUGCUCUGCUGGAACGGGGAAGCCUGGAAGAUUGGGGGAGAACCUGUUGACGGCAACGAUGGCGAGGCCAUCUUUGCACUGCUCGUAUCGGCCAGUAGCCGCGACACCAGCGAGGACACAGUCUUGGACGCGCUUCGCACCAUCGAAGGGCCCUUUGCAUUCGUCUACUAUGACGCAAUCUCUUCUCGGCUAUACUUUGGCCGCGACCGUCUGGGGCGACGGUCAUUGCUACUCAAUCAGGAAGAUGGACUGAGGUUAUCUAGCAUUGCGGAGGAUACUUCGCCGGCGUGGACUGAGGUUGAGGCUGAUGGUAUCUACGUGCUUGACUUGGUGGCAUGGAGGCGUGACUCGAAGGAGCCGAUGACACCGCGGCCAUGGUCGCAAGACGUCGAGGAGACAGUCCUCAAUAUCGGCGUCUUUAAUGCAACCCUUCCAUCCUCAGAAGUCCCGCCUUUGUCACAGGUCUCGCCAUCAGUUCAGGCGGUACGAAACCAGCUCACUGAGUCGCUCAAACUGCGCGUCUUGAACGUGCCUCCGCCCCCAGCUCAUGACGCGAAUAAUGACACCAGGAUCUGCGUGUUGUUCUCUGGCGGAUUGGAUUGUACGAUUCUGGCGCGCAUGGCGAGCGAUCUCCUACCUCCCAGUCAAGGCAUCGAUCUUGUCAAUGUGGCUUUCGAGAAUCCCCGCUUGGCGUCGCGAGCUGAGAACUCAGCCGAUGGCGUCAGCAUCUACGAAGCGUGUCCUGACAGAAUCACAGGCAGGAAGUCAUUUGCGGAACUGACUGCUGUCUGUCCGGACCGCCGAUGGAGAUUCAUUGCCAUCAACAUCCCUUAUCAAGACGUAUUAGCUCACCGGAGUCAAGUCAUAUCUCUGAUGUACCCUCACAACACCGAGAUGGACUUGUCCAUUGCCUACGCGCUCUACUUCGCCGCGCGUGGCAUCGGCAUGUCCCAGAGCCACCCAUCUGACGCCUCCACCGAGUACAGCACCCCAGCAAGGGUCUUGCUCUCCGGUCUUGGAGCAGACGAGCUCUUCGGCGGCUACGUUAGACACGCGACAGCUUUCUCUCGGAGAGGGUAUCCUGGUCUACUUGACGAGCUUAAGCUAGAUGUUGGUCGACUCGGGAAGCGAAACCUGGGUCGGGAUGACAGGGCGAUGGCACACUGGAGUCGCGAGGUGCGGUUUCCUUAUCUGGAUGAGAACUUCGUCAAAUGGGCCGUUGAGUCUCCGGUGUGGGAAAAGUGCGAUUUCGGGUAUACUGAAGCCCAGUCUGGCAUUGAGCCCGAGAAGAGGGCAUUGAGGCUCCUCGCUGAAGCGCUCGGCAUGGUUUCCGUCGCCCGGGAGAAGAAGAGAGCCAUUCAGUUCGGUUCCAGAACCGCCAAGAUGGAGAGCGGGAAGACCAAGGGCACCACUCUCAUUGCCCCUUGA